GUCACAAGCGUGUAUAUAGAUGGUUGCGCGAGAGUCUAUUAGAUAGUCAGAACUGAGACGCGGUUAGCAACCCUCAAGAAAAUCAUAUUGUUUAGUUAGUUUAGUGUUUCGUCAAGCUGAGAAUUGACUCUUGAAAGUAGGUGCGAUCCGUCGAAAUGAGCUAUACGGCUGCCGAAAACACCGUCGCCUCUAGUACGUGGGCGGCGACUAAUCUCUUCUAUGUGUUACUGGUUCCUGUCCUACUCCUCUGGUACACCUACUGGAGGUCAUCACGAAGGCGCUUGUAUGAACUUGCCGAAAAACUCCCUGGACCUGAAGGAUUACCGCUCCUAGGGAAUGCUCUGGAGUUCACUGGAGGCUCUCAUGAAAUAUUCAAACGCAUCGUGGAAAGGGGCAACGAAUUUGACGAACAAUCCGCCGUUAAGAUCUGGAUAGGUCCCAGGCUUCUCUUGUUCCUGUAUGAUCCACGGGAUGUCGAACUCAUUCUAUCAUCCAACGUUCACAUCGACAAGGCAGAGGAGUACAGAUUUUUCAAGCCCUGGCUUGGAGAAGGCCUGCUUAUUAGUACAGGUCAAAAGUGGCGGUCUCACAGAAAACUGAUCGCUCCCACAUUCCACUUGAACGUGCUUAAGAGCUUCAUUGACCUCUUCAACGCCAACUCCAGGACAGUUGUCAAUAAACUCAAAAAGGAAGCCGGCACCUUUGAUUGUCACGACUACAUGAGCGAGUGCACCGUCGAAAUCCUUCUUGAAACAGCUAUGGGAGUCAGCAAAAGUACUCAAGACCAAAGUGGUUUUGAAUAUGCUAUGGCUGUUAUGAAAAUGUGCGAUAUCCUACAUUUGAGACACACCAAGAUUUGGCUUCGACCUGACCUAUUGUUUAACUUUACUCAAUACGCUAAAUUACAAAAUAAACUUCUCAAUGUUAUUCACGGAUUAACAAAAAAGGUCAUUAAAAGGAAAAAAGAAGAGUUUAAGAAUGGAAAACAGUCAUCAGCAGCUGCUUACACAGAAGAAAAUGGAGUAAACAAAGAUGACGUAACGACAAAGGUUACAUCUGUGGAAGGCCUUUCAUUCGGACAAUCAGCUGGACUUAAGGAUGAUUUGGACGUUGAUGAAGACGUUGGGCAAAAGAAACGACUUGCAUUCUUAGAACUUCUUCUUGAAAGUGCUCAAGGUGGGGUAGUUAUUAGUGAUGAAGAAAUCAAAGAACAAGUAGACACAAUUAUGUUUGAGGGUCAUGACACAACCGCAGCUGGUAGCAGUUUCUUCUUGUCUUUAAUGGGAAUUCAUCAAGAUAUACAAGACAAGGUUGUCGAAGAGUUGGACCAAAUAUUCGGGGACUCUGACCGCCCAGCUACUUUCCAAGAUACUUUAGAGAUGAAGUAUUUAGAAAGAUGUCUGAUGGAGACUCUUAGAAUGUUCCCACCGGUACCAAUCAUAGCGCGAGAAAUAAAACAGGAAGUUACUCUGCCAUCGAAUGGUAAGAAAGUGCCAGCGGGUACAACAGUUAUCAUUGCAACCUACAAAUUGCAUCGCCGCAGUGAUGUAUAUCCUAAUCCUGAAAUAUUCGACCCUGAUAAUUUCCUACCAGAGCGCUCUGCGAACCGUCAUUACUAUGCAUUCGUGCCGUUUUCCGCUGGACCAAGGUCAUGUGUUGGUCGCAAAUAUGCUAUGCUGAAACUGAAGAUUCUGCUUUCGACCAUCCUGAGAAAUUUCCGUGUAUAUUCUGACAUAAAAGAAUCAGAUUUCAAACUUCAAGCUGAUAUCAUAUUGAAACGAGCUGAAGGAUUCCAAGUACGAUUGGCACCUCGAAAACGAACGACAACGGCCUGCUGAAAUAGUCAAGUAAACAUAAAUAUUGAUUAAGUAUCCAUUGGCUGAUGGGCUUUCAUUUAAUCAAUGGUUUAGUGUAAAGGUCGUAGCUCAUUAGAGCCACCCGGGAUUUGACCCACAUUUAGAGUUGUUAGUUACGUCUAGAGUGGUUAGUAUUUUUCGUAUGGAUUUGUAUUAGCGUUCGCUCACUACAUCAACUCCGUACCAUCACCGGAUCGCCUCGCUUGCGCCAUGCGCGGACUGCGACUGGACAACUCAAUGAUAGCUCGCUGUUGGCAUCACCUAACAGACGUGUAUUCUGUGACGCCAACAGCGAGCGGCUAGGGCGAAACGCUAAUAGACCACCUAAAACGCGCAAGGUUCACUGGUGACCACUUGUCGACUACAAGUGUACACCUAGCGUCGAGGCGGUGCAGGUCGGGUCCCGGGUGGUUCUAAUGAGCUACGACCUUAAUUCGUAAACCGCCAUUUAAUAUCUAUUGUGAAUAUCUAGAGGCAUUACAUUUAUAAAGGAAGACCCACUAAUGGGAUGCAUAGGUUUUACAGGCUCAUCUAAGAACCAAAGGAUUUCGUUAAUAAGGUACUAAGUACGUUCUUUAAUUUUCUUGUUAUUGUGUUACUCUAGGCACUACUUUGAAUAUGUUGUACAACAUUAAUUUUAAGUGUAUUUAUCUCUCUCGUCUCUUAUAGUUAAUUUCACUUUUUAAUAAAAAAAAGUUAUUUUACAUUUGUGUUUUGUCAACUCUGAUGUAGCUAGUGAUUUUUUACAAGUUAGCAUUCACUACAAUUUAGAGAUUGAAGCGGGCUAACUUGUGAACUUGUGAAGGAUGAAAAUCCAAACCUCUUUCACAAUUUUCGAUUUGAGUUCCGAUUCACGUCAAAUUAAGAUUGCACACUAUUUAAAAUGGGCUGAUAUCAAAAUAUAUAUUAUCAUGUGCGAAAUCAUUUAAAAUAGAUUAUAAAUUAUCUCAGAUCAAUGAAAUAGUUGAUAAUGGUGCAAUUCGUGGGAAUAACAAGCAGAAUUUCCGUAGUAUGAGUUGGUCAUUAUUCUUGAUAUUAAAAAUAAAAUAUUUUUUUUUAAAUUUCAUUCUACUUCACCAAAUAUUUAUCUCAACAAAAAGUCCUGCGUUAAAUCAGUUUUUCGUAUUGCGAUACCAGUACUGACUAAAAUUAUUGUUAGUUAUAUUUCUUAGAAUUUAGGGUGAAAGUUUAUAGCGUCAAUUGAUGAAGGUUUGUAAGAUUAAUCUCAAUUUCGUACUAUUUUUUGAAGAAACAUCGCUGUGAAUAAUUAUUUGCAUUUGUUAUUACUUAUGGGCUAUACAGAAUAAAGAAUUGUUUACAAUUA